UCCGUGUGGCAAGAAUCUGAGAAGCUCGCUCUAUCUAGUGUUAAAAAAAAGAAAAAUUGUUCUUUCAAGUAGUUGCGUCAUCCACAUGGUUUUGUCUGAAGUGAAAUAAAUUAGAAAUAAUUUAAUAAGUACGUUGAAUAUACAAUAAUUAAAAUGUUAACAGCAACGCGGGUGAUAAGCCGAAAGGCGUUGGAUUGCUCCGGCAUUUCAGAUAUUUACACGCACAGAAAUUUCUCAUCGAUUCUCAAAAAUAGCGCAGCUCCCACAGUACCAAUCUACCAACAACAUGGAUUGCAACAAAGGCAUAAAUCGGAGGGCGUACGUGGCGCAGUCAUUGGUAUCGACUUGGGGACAACAAACUCAUGCGUCGCUGUUAUGGAAGGAAAGACACCAAAGGUGGUCGAGAACAGCGAAGGUUCCAGAACGACGCCCUCCCACGUGGCCUUCACCAAGGAUGGCGAGCGCCUGGUCGGCAUGCCAGCCAAGAGACAAGCCGUCACCAACAGCGGAAACACGUUUUACGCUACCAAGCGUCUCAUCGGUAGGAGAUUCGAAGAUCCUGAAGUCCAAAAGGAUAUGAAGAAUUUGUCUUACAAGGUCGUUAAGGCUUCGAAUGGCGACGCUUGGGUCCAAGGAAGCGAUGGUAAAGUCUACUCACCGAGUCAGAUCGGAGCGUUCGUUCUGAUGAAGAUGAAGGAGACGGCCGAAGCGUACCUGAACACCGGUGUGAAGAACGCCGUGGUUACGGUACCGGCUUACUUCAACGACUCCCAGCGACAGGCGACCAAGGAUGCUGGACAAAUUUCCGGUUUGAACGUGUUGCGUGUGAUCAACGAACCGACCGCCGCCGCUCUCGCUUACGGCAUGGACAAGACCGAGGAUCGAGUUAUCGCAGUCUACGAUCUCGGCGGUGGUACAUUCGACAUAUCGGUGCUCGAAAUUCAAAAGGGUGUCUUCGAAGUGAAGUCGACCAAUGGCGACACUCUGCUCGGCGGAGAGGACUUUGACAACGUCAUCGUUAACUUCCUCGUGGACGAGUUUAAGAGAGACCAAGGUAUCGAUAUCCGUAAAGAUGCGAUGGCUAUGCAGCGUCUCAAAGAAGCUGCGGAGAAGGCUAAGAUCGAACUGUCCGGUUCCCUACAGACGGACAUCAACCUGCCCUACCUCACUAUGGACGCUUCGGGACCGAAGCACAUGAAUUUAAAGAUGACCCGCUCGAAGCUGGAGUCGCUGGUGGGCGACCUGAUCCGCCGCACGGUGGCGCCGUGCCAGCGCGCGCUGCAGGACGCCGAGGUCGCGCGUACCGACGUCGGGGAGGUGCUGCUGGUGGGCGGCAUGACCAGGAUGCCCAAGGUGCAAGCCACGGUGCAGGAGAUCUUCGGGCGGGCGCCGUCGCGCGCCGUGAACCCGGACGAGGCGGUGGCCGUGGGCGCGGCCGUGCAGGGCGGCGUGCUGGCCGGCGACGUCACCGACAUCCUGCUGCUCGACGUCACGCCGCUGUCGCUCGGCAUCGAGACGCUGGGCGGCGUCUUCACCAAGCUCAUCACGCGCAAUACCACCAUCCCCACCAAGAAGAGCCAGGUCUUCUCCACGGCUGCCGACGGUCAAACUCAAGUCGAGAUUAAAGUUCACCAAGGCGAGCGUGAGAUGGCGACGGACAACAAGCUCCUCGGACAGUUCUCGCUCGUCGGCAUCCCACCAGCGCCGCGUGGAGUGCCACAGAUCGAGGUCACAUUCGAUAUUGACGCUAACGGCAUCGUGCACGUGUCGGCUAGAGACAAGGGUACCGGAAAGGAACAACAAAUCGUGAUCCAGUCAUCGGGCGGUCUAUCCAAGGACGAGAUCGAGAACAUGGUUAAGGCGGCCGAGCAGUUCGCGGCGGCGGACAAGGACAAGCGCGAGCGGGUGGAGGCCACCAACCAGGCCGAGGGCAUCCUGCACGAUACCGACACCAAGCUGGACGAGUACCGCGCGCACCUGCCACAGGACGAGUGUGACAAACUUCGCGGUGAGAUGGCCAAGCUCCGUGAGCUGCUUGCACAGAAGGAGACCGCAGACCCUGAGGCAAUCCGCACAGCAACCGGACAAUUGCAGCAAGCUAGCUUAAAACUCUUCGAACAAGCUUACAAGAAGAUGGCAGCCGAACGCGAAGGAUCGUCCGGUGCAUCCCAAACGCAGACACCGAGCGAAGACGAAAAGAAGGAAGAGAAGAAGAAUUAAUAGAAAAGAUUAGAAAUUAUAUAGGAACUGUAAAUAUUGAACUCAACCAAAUACAGAUGAAUGUUGAAAUUGAUUUGAUUAUAUUGAUAUAUGUAUUGUAUAAAUUUAUAAUGCAACAAUAAUAAGCGUCUACGGGUUGUUUUGUGAAUGUUAUACGAAAUUUGUACAAUUGGAUUGUAAGAAGUUGAGGGGUGGUACAGGCGUUGGGAACACUACGUCUUAUUCUGUAAUAUGUGCUACGUCAGUUGAUCCAAUAUUUACGGAAAGGAGACGAUAGAAAUCGCUUCGACUCGAAUCGAAUCGACAAGAAGUUGACACAAGUAGAAGCCGUUGAACAAAGAAUUGAAAGAUUCGAUCUGUUCACAUUUCGUAUAAAUUCCAUUUGUAAAGUAAACGUACAAACAAUAUCGUGGUUUAUAAUAAAUUUAACGAGUACCACAGAAAGUCGAUCACAUGUGAAAAAGGCGCGCGCGUUUUCCAAGUUAAAAAUCACAUCGAAAGCUAUUAAAUUCAUUGAUAAAUCGUGUGCACAAGUGUAUUAUAUGUUACAAGCGGUCUUAUGUUUCACGAUGUUAAAAAAGUAGGGGGCGGUCGCUGGGUGGGGGGUCCUAAUGUACUGUGUCGAUUGGUAAUUGAUUUCUGGACUGAUGGGUAUUUAUCUAAGUUUGCCAUAUUUUUUCUUUAAUGCAAAAUCGGUGUCGAUUCCGUUGCAACGUGAUUGUCUCUUUCCCAUGUUUGGUGUUAAAGAGGGAUAGCGCGGGUACUUAAAAGUGGAGACAAAUUAUUUUAAUUUUGGAAUCGUCUCGAAUGAACAGCGCUCUCAGAUCUGAAAAAGACUAAAUAUUAUACUUGUUUAAGUUUUGUAAACAAGCAAGAGAAAUGGACGAACAAUUGAUCCUAGUGGAACUCGAAACACUUGCUUACCUUCAGUUAAGUCGAUUAUUUGGCUACGGAUAUGAGCUGUGUGAGCGGGAUUCUUCCAAUGCCGUAGGGCCGAGAAAUAUAUCGAGUUUGCAUAACUUAACGCACACCCACCCACCUCCUAUCGGCGCCCCCUCGUUCGCGUCCAUUUCAAGCAAAGUAUUAAAAAUUGACGCGAAGCCAUUUACGAAAUUUAUCAAAUAAUUCACGUAACACAAUUAUUGCUAAGUAUGUAAGUAUAGGGACACAGUAACAAUCUCAUUGCACGGAGUCUGAGAUUGAUUUCGAACGAUGAGAGCGGUUCAUUGAAUAGCCUAGUAGUUACUAGUUUUUAAUAUAAUUUGUAGGAUUGAAAUUCCUCGUAGAUUAUUUUGCCCCUCGUUCUUUUGAUGGUUUGUUGCUUAUGAAAAUAUAUGGUAUGUUUUUUAUUUAUCGAUUGAUGUAAGUGCUCACGGACUCUAGGAACGCUGUUGUCUCUUUCUAUCAUCAUUGAUAUUCGAUAGAAGAAGACAAGAUUGUUCCGACAACCCAAUAAGACAACAUUUGUAGGUGAAGCCGUUGAUUUUUAUUUAAUUGUCUAUGAAUUGUUUAUGGUAAUUAUAAAGAAUAUAAUAGAUACAAAAUCAAAUUCCAUAUAUUUUCCGAUAAACAGCACGGUGUCGAUUGAAUGAAAAAAUGUUAUUUAGUGUUAAAGGACUGGUAUCCCAUAAGUUGUUUUUAAAUUGCCUUUCUCGUGUAAUAUAUAUAUAUAAACAUAUAAUGGUAUGUUUGUUUGUUUGUUCGAUUUAUAGGGAUAGAUUUUUUAGCGUAUUUUGGAUAGAUAAGAAGUGGCAGAGCUUUAUUUUGCAUUUACGUAGAUUUAAAGGGCGAUAUAUGAUUUUUUUUUUCUUUCAUUAACCCUUUUUAUUCUGACCCCACACGCCAAUUCUCGCUCUAUAUCUUUUGAUCACUCGAAUAUAUAAUGACUUAUAUUUGUGUAUAUAUAUUAUAUAUACAAGGGGUCUAAUAAUAAACAUGAUGUAUAAUAUGUAUAUAAGUUACUUAAAGUAACUGUUAUGUAAUAAAUUAAUUAUUGCUCGUGCAAUUAAAUAAUAAUCUAUUUAAAUUGGUCUUGGUUGGUGUGCUAUUGUGGGUUAUGUACUAAAUGAGCACAGCAAUGUACAGAGCACAGCAAUGCUGCUAUUAUUAUUGCUAUGUUCCGCUUAGGAGUGUGAUUGAGCCAGUGUAAUAACAGGUAUAAGGGACAUAACUUCAUAGUCCCCAAACAUAGGUGUGGCAUUGGAGAUGUAAGGAAUACUUAAUAAAUUAAAAUUCUUACGGCAGGUGAUGACCACUUACCAUCAGGUAGCUUUUGCCAUUACCAUUUGCGAGUUCGCCUACCUAUUUAAGAUAUAAAGAAAAAAAAAAUACGUAAAUCGCCCAUUGUUUGAUAAUACGCUUCAAAAUUUACCCUUAUCACGAACGUUGGCUUGUUAAUGUUUAUAUAAAAAAAAAAAACAUAAGUUAUAAUGCGUAUAUUUUUAAGUUUUAUCCUCCGCCAUCUUUUGGCGUUUAUUAUUUAUUAUAUUUAGUAGAUGAUGAUAAAUUUAUUAUUUUUUCUGACUUUUGACGUUAUGUAUAAAAAUAUAUGCAUUAUAAUUAUUAUAUAUAGCAACACAGCGCGUCUGUGUGUGUGUGUGUGUUGCGACGCGAUUGAAAUUGUAUGUGGAGUUAGCUUAGUGAAAUAUAUUAUUUCGAGAA